UGACUCCCUGCCCCCAAGGCCCGUCUUCUGCUGUCCUCGUCUGCCCCCAGCCUCCAGCUUCAGCCCUCUGGAGCGUCUGCGUCCUCCGCACCUGGAGGAUUUGGGAGGUUUCUCUGAACACCGUGGGCGCUUUGGCCCCUCUGCUCUCAGGCUGUGUUGAGAGCAGGAUUAUUUCCCCUCUUUGGCCAUGUGUGGAGCCCUCCCCCGCUGCCUGCGGGUCAGCCACUCUACUCCCUAAGGGGUUGCUCACGAGAUCGACAUUGCUUGGAGGGUUUCUGCUAUUACUGUAACGGCAGCCAAUGCCUCUGUCUUCAGCGCCCCACAGACUUUUAAAAACAGCUACUUUUUACGUGGGUAUGUCUUUUAAGAGCUGGUUUGGGGAUGCUCUAACGAGUUUUCCAGAGGUCCCCACUGUCAUCUGCAAAAGUAGGCUUUUAGCAUUGGGUAUAAUAUUUCAGCCGAAGACACGUGAUAGAUUGUUUGUGAAAUACAUCCUUUAGGUAAUCCUCUCAUUGCGGUAGGUGCUUGCAGGAAGGCCACCCAGAGCAGUGCGGAAACGCUCAGCAAAGAUUUGAGACUCAGCAGAGAACUUACUUAUGGGACAGUAACUGCAAAAUAAAUUUUCCACAGUAACAACUAGGGGAAGAAGAGAAUGCCGAGGGUUAAAAAGUUCAUGAUUUUUUUUCGUGAAUCAUUGAACAUUAGGCUCAGCUUCUCUCAGGGAAGAAGGGUUUUUGUUUGUUUUGUCUUUUUGAGUUUUUUCUUGUCUAUUCUUUAAAGCACUGUUGCAGUCAGGAAGACAGCCUAGGAAAGUCUGUUGCAGAUACGUUUUGCGGUUUAAUUUCUUGAAGUUAGAGCAUGAAUAAAACCACACUAGGACCCCCCACCAUGGAAUAUCAAAAACAUUUCUUUAGAGAUGGUCACUUAACAGCAACACUUGCAAAUGACUGUUAAAGAGAACUUCGAAUCAAAUUAUGGCUAAAGUUAAGUUUUGUUCUUCAAAACAAACAACAACAAAAAAGAGGAAGUGAAUUGAAAUAUAGUGUGUGAAAUUAGCAGUUAUUUAUAUAGACAGAGCUAACUAAACUCAGCUGCCCCGCCCCCUGUCCCCAGAACUACCAGCCUUCCUAGUAUUACUCUAAGAUAUGGCCCCUCCUCACCCCGCGAAAACUCGUUAGUCCACCAUCCCAGAUCUUUCUGGCCUCUUCAGAGAGCUUGUUGCUAAUGUGUCAUUUACACAUUUCAGUGUGGCAACAAAGUCCAUAGCAUUUUGUGUCAAACAACAAAGGAGGUGCAAUUCUCAGUAAAUUGUAAAGCACCCUACGGAUGUUUGCUACUGUUGCUUGUGAUUUCUAGUAGCUGCACAGUAUGACACUCUUGAUACUUAGCCAUUCCCACAUUUUUGGCCAUUUAAGCUGUUACUACAGGUUUUUAAGUACUGAGGAAUCUCUAACUUAUAUCUAAUUAUCACAUUCUUUCUGUCAUUUAUUUGUCCAAUGAACAUUCUUUUCUCCAUGCAAACAGUGCGUAGAUGCUGGGAAUGUGGAAUCCUUGGCUGCAGGUGCGCGCGCGCGCGCACACACACACUCACACUCAUUUACAGUCCUCUUAUUCCUUUAGUUCCCAGGGGUGACAGGCUUAUAAACAAAGCACAGCAGAGAAGUGCAAUAAAACCAUGAACCUGGAUGUAUAUCUGACGUUGCUGACUCAGGGAGGGGAGUAGAGAAGAGAUCCCUUCUACUGAGCUGUCAUGGGAAUCCUCACCUCCCCCACCCACCAUCCCCACCCCAGGCCAGAUCUCUUUCUUGUCCAUCCUGGGCAUUUCCGAUUGCUUUCUUGUCCCCCUACUUCCUCUUCUUCCUCUCCUUCCUCUCCUUCUCCUCCCUUCACUGCUGGAAGUAUUCCAGCUGCCUCCUUUCUCCUUUAAGCCAGUUUAGUUCCAGCCCUUUUCUCUCUUGACCCCACUUUCCUCUGGAGUACAUCGUACAGAGGUUUCAUUGGCCGUUAGUUACAAGGAAGAAGGAGGUAGUAAACCUUGAAACUGUUCCCCCUAAUCCCUGCCACCCCACAGCUGCCUUUUGGGCCAUAUCCCCCAAUGUGGUCACCUCUUCACCUUGCCCUCUACCCCUGAGGGUCAUUCUCCAGUCCUAUCCAUGGGCUGCAAAGCUAAGGCCCUGGAUACGUUUCCUUUCCAAGAUGCUGAAAACCCUUCUUUUGUAUGUCUAUUAAGUCGUACCGAAAACACAGCAUCUUAAGUAUACAGCUUGAUGAAUUAGUACAAAGUGAGCACAUCUGUGUAACCCCGACCCAGGUCAACUAGAAGCCCCCUCGUAGUCCUCUUACUGUCAGGUCCGUCUUCCCCAAAGGAACCAGAAGUUGGUUUCCCUUGUUUGUAAACUUUAUAAAAAUAGAAUCAUACAGCAUAUACCCUUUUGUGUCUGUCUUCUCUUGUGCCGUUAUGCUUGUGAGAUUACCAUCCCAUUAUGUUUGUGAGGUUAGCCCUCGUGCUUGUGUAUGAGCAGUUUUUCCUUCUCAUGGCCCACAGGGUUCCAUUAUAUAACUGUGUCACCUUUUAUUCUCCCAUUCUCCUUUUGAUGAGCACAGUAAUUGUUUCCAGGUUUUGCCUAUUACACAUAAUGAUGCAAUGAAUUCUUUGGCCUUUUGAUACCCAAAGACCUACCUGUUUCACCCUUUUUUUUUUUUUUUUUUUUUACCGGUGUAACUGAAAAAAGAAACUGAGAGGCCAGCUGAAGGAGUCAGCUGGAGAGCCGGGCCUGUGCAUUUUUUAUCUUUGUUGGCACUAAGUGUUUCUGAAGCAUAGGAGACGGUGCUCUCAUUCAGGGACCUGAACACAGAAGAAAAAAAAGUGGUGGGAUGGCUUCUAUCCUGGGCAAGCUGACUGCAGGUGGUGUUCUUUGGGAUGCUUAGAACAAAAGAAACCAGCCUGGCUUGGGAAGUGUCCUCUGGGGGACACUGACACUGGCACUCAUGGUGCCCACAUCUGUCCUACCCCACCACCUGUUUACACCCCUCUUCACCUUGCGGAGUCCCUGAUCCUCCCCAGGGCCUGAAGUCCUUCUGUCCCAGCUGGUCUGAAAGGGGCUGUGUUGUUUGUUGGCUUUCAGAGCUCGAUUCUGAAUGAAGGCAGUUUCCUUGGAAUGUGCUUUUACCUAGUUCCCUGAGGGGGUUUUGUCAUUCAGCACCACGACUUCUUGGAAUUCUUGGUCUGGCUUUUGUGACCUGGGGCCCUGAGAUUCUCUUUAGGAAGAUGCUUGGGCCUUUUGGACUCCAUGCAGCCAGUGUCCAACCUGUGGCACAGGGUCAGGCAAGUCCCCGUGUAAGAAGUUGAAGACAGCAGAUUCUGGGACCCUGCAUUGUUGACUUCCUCCUGGGCUCUCAAGCUUCAGAUUUCUCCUAAAGUGGAAAUACAGAGACUACUCAGCGAACUGAGUGAUCGCCACUCAGUGUCCCGGGGUUGCCGUCAUUUUGGUUACAGAGUGAAAGUUUCUCCACCCCCCCACCCCCAUCUCUCUGCAUCUCCUGCCUCUCUUCCCUUGACCACACUUACUUUUCUUCUGUUUCUGGACCUUGACCAACUCCUUCCUGUCUCAUACAGAGCUGUGUACCACCCCUUACUCCCACCCCCACCUUCAUCCUUCCUCUCUUGUCCAUUCCUGCUUAUCCUUUGUGGCUCAGUUUAAAUGUCACUUCCCCAGGAAGCCCUCCCCAAUUCCUCAGUCUCAGACAAGUGUUCUUGGAGCACUUCCUGUCUCAGAUACAAGAAGACGGUCUUCCCGGUUUCUCAAAGGCACAGACCCAGUUGCUUUGUUCACUCUCACCUAGCACAUAACCCGUUCAUGUUUGGCAAAUGAAUCAAUUGGUAGGUAAACCAAGAGGCCUGAGACAAGUUGUAAAAUUGUCUCUGUAACUUGCUGUGUGGUCUUGGAUAUUUAUUAACCUGACUUCUCCUAAAGUCCAUAUCCCCGUCUGUAAAAUAAUGCGUCGGGCUGGCAGAUCUUACAGGCUCCUUUCCGUUUCAUUUUUUGCUGAGUCUAGCGGUUAGGUCCUGUUUGAGGGAUGGUAGCACUCUUUGAAAGUGCAAGCUGGCCUUAGCUUCAUGUCUUAACCGGCCUUAGUUUCAUGCCUGUGUUCUUAGCGUAAGAGCUCUGUUCUUCCCAGUUCAUCACAGCCCGCUGUGGGCUGGAACUUUAGCUUAUAUUUGCUUUUACUGUGCUCUUCCUACAUCGUAUAUAUUUAUUUUCUGAUCUGUCUCCCCUUCCUUGGAGGCGAGGUUCAUGUGUCACAUGUUAACUUUUAUAUCCCCUCCGCCUAGCACAGCACCUAUGAGGUAAUUUCAGUUGAAAUUGAGAUCUGUAUUAAAGCAAGUGUUACUUCCGUUGAGGUUAUGCUCUGGGAAGUGUAGCUACUUCGUGAGUAUGCAGAGUAACUCUUGUUUGUGACUGACAUAAACUUUUCUACUUUCUUUUACCCAUUUAACUUCUUCUGGCCCAUUUCCUAGGUUGAUAGGGGCUAAAAUAAGUAAAACACUGCUUGGUUUAAUUCUGGUGGAAAGUUAAAGGAGGAUUUGGGGCUCAUAAUGGAUUUAAUUCUGCCUAAUAACUUCAUAUUAGUUACUGUAAGGUGGCUAUAGUUGAGAAUACCUUCACAGACGGUAGGAACCUUAGGAAGAGAGACUGGUAAGUAAGGUUUGUCGUUAUCUGCUUGGCAGAAUUUUAGGCUUUUUGUUGUGAAAUGGGUUCUGCAGUCCACCCAAGAUGGACAAGGUUCUUGGAUAAGUUACCCAAGGCCUCUGAGCCUUAUUUCCUCAUCUGUGAAAUGGGGGUAAUACUAGUUCAGUGUCAGGUGCUAAAAAUGUUGUUGCAGUGAGCCCAUUGAUGCAUAUGAGGCCCUUGGCUUGAGUUCAGCCACACAGUAAAUAUUUAAUAAAUAUUAACUAUUAUAUUGUGGUUUUAUUUUUACUUCAACAAUUGUUAAAGAUCUUUACCUGGAGAAUUAUUACUUACAGAGCCAGAUUUGAGUGAAAUCCUCCUGGCACCUACUAUCCACCUGUCCUGGCUGCCGUCUGGCUGGGGUGCAGAGGUGGGAGGGAGAAAGAACCCCUCAGGUCGGAUUUUACUGCACCAAGAUGCAGGGUUUUUCUCCUCCCACUAAGGGAGAGGGGCCUGUAACAGGUGGGGCCUGGGAGCUGAUAGGCAUGAGGCAGCAUUGAAAUUACACUUAGUCAUCCUGGUUGAGUCCAAUCAAAAUGUAAGGAAUUUUAGUUGCCACUAAGUAAGUGUCCAUGCCCUUUCCCUACUGAUUUUCAGCCCCUAAGUUACAUGGUGAACUUUGGAACGAGGGCUUUCUUCUCCGUGGUGGCUGUGGUUUUCCUUGUAACAGACCACAUGGAAAAAGCAGAAUGGAGGAGGAUGUGGGGAACUGGCUUCCAUGCAGUGUGUCAGGCAGGAAGAAAAAUUUUCCCUACCUUUCUAGGUUCUUCAGAGUGGUGUAAGAAUUAAAUUGAUGCGAGACAGAUUAAUAGAGGAGAAAAUCAUACAAAAGUUUAAUAACAGGUAUACAUGGGAGAGACCCAGAAAAACGUGAGUAACUCUCCAAAGUUGCCAAAGCCCUCACCUUAAAUUCCAUCCUCAGCUAAAGGCUUUGAGCAUGGGAGAGUUAGUGGUGGGAGGUUACCAGGAAGAGCUGGGUAAACAGUGGUAAGGUUGUUAUGCAGAUUGAAGUCACUGCCUUCUCCAGUGAUAAGAGUACAGAUUCAGACACCCUUACAAAUGGAGAUUUCCCUUACAGAUGUAAAUGCUGUAGGGUACAGAAGGGUAACUCCUCCUUGGUUUUCAGAGUUUUCCCCUUGCCUGCUGUUCCUUAGAAAAAAUCAGGAUAAAGUAACAUGCCAAAGAGAUGUAUUUUAGGAUGCUGUACUACAAGCAGCUAGGGCUCUGUGAGUCCCCUGGGGUUGCUCCCUCCACCUGGCUGUAACCCUGCGGCUGCCCUGUGGGCGGACUUCUCCCCCUCCUUGGAUCAAAGCCUCUUCCCCCAUAACUGUUCGGAGUUUUGGUACAGAGAGCUGGCCUGCUACCGUGCAGCCUCAGUACAUGGAAAAAAAUAAAGGUUUUCCAUGAAGGUUUUCUGAGCUUUAGCAGUUCUGCUAUCUAGGCAGAUGUACACACAUCUGGAAAUAAAGAUAAGCCGCUGUAGAGAGGGGAAUACGAAAGGGCCAGUUAAGAGAAAAAUGCAUUUUUGUCUCAGAACACAGAAGUGGAUUUUUGGCAGACAUGUUUUGUAUAAUAAGAAUGGCUAACUCUCAAUACGCGUUCUCAUAAUUAUUUUAAAAUUAAAAGGUGGGACUGCCUUUUAAUUUUAAAGAGGUACAAGUCUGGAGAAAAAAGAUGCAGUGGUUGGUCAGUUCUUUUAUGCGUUUCAUUGGGAACCAUAUUUUAGCCUUUCUUAGUGUCUUGAAACAUUUCCUAAUUUGGGGUUCACUACCACUCUCUGACCUCUUGAACUGAAGUUUAGGAUUAUGAAACAAGAGAAUUCAGGUCUGAAAAUGAGAAUACAUGUUUUUUCCUAGAAUCAUGGAGUUUGGGAAAUACCAAAUACUUGGGAAUGGUUUACCAGAAAAAAUCUUCAGUCAAGAAGGUCUUCAAAAUCUGGAGGCUCUGGACUUACUUAGGUGAAGAAGAGAAAGGAAAGAGCAAGCAGUUGGUCUCCUGCUUUUGUGCUCUUCUUCCUCAGUUUGCUUUCACUACCAGGUUUGGGAUUUGGGGGUGAAGUGAUGGAGAGUGAAGGGAGACACAGUGCCAGGCAGCUAUGGGGCUUUGAAGUCAUAAUGGCCUAGAGUCAAGUGUUCCUUUUCUGUUUGUUAGCUGUGUGAUCUUGAGGAAGUUAAUGAACCUCUCUGAGCCUCAGUCUCUGCAUUUGUAAAAUGGCCUUCAUAGGCUUAUUGGGAUGAUUCAGUGAGAAGAUACAGAAAGGUUUUAAAUAUCCAUAAGUGCAAAUAACACCAUUGUUGUUUUCUUCCCGCCUUUUCAUUUAUUCAUCAAAGAUUCUGAUUCAGAGGGCCCAGAAAAACAGUUUUCAGAAGGCAUCCUAUGGAAUUCUAAUGUCCUCAGUCCAUGCCUUGAGAAAUGCUGUUCAUAAAGGAUGACUAGCAGUUUGGGCAUCAAGGGAGAGGGCAGGGCUGUCACUUAUAUGCACACACAACACCAGGGGGUACCCCAACAUCACAGUACAUGUCCAUGGAGUGCACAUGGUUGGAAUGCGUGACCUGCAAGGCCACAGGCAGUGACCCUUUUCGGGGGAGGGUUCAGAGAAUAGUGUGUGUGUAUGUGUCUAUGUGUGUGUGUGAUGCAGGGUGUCCUUGGGACACUGAAGAGCUUUCACUCUGGGGAAGCACACAGAGUGGGAAACAAGGGAGCCAGGUGGAGGUCGUUGGGUGCCAAGCCAGGGAAUUUAGGCUUCAGCCAGAAAGUGGUGAGAAGCCACAAAGGGGUCUCGGCAAAGACAUGACCAGCUCAUGCAAAUCAAGGUCACAUGGGGGAUGAACCGAUAAACCAAGAGUAAGACAGUGAUUAGGAGAAUAUAAUCAGCCAGCCAGAUGAGAGGCAGAGAGAGCUUGAACUGAAGCAGAAAUAGUGGACCUGGAGGAGGGGACAGGUUUGAGAAAUGUGUAGGAGAAGGCUUAGGAGGACACGAUUGCUUGCUGAGAAAGAGGAAGCAGGACCUAGUGAUGACUUGGAGGUUCUAGUCUGGUGACCUGGUGAUAUGAUUCUCUGCAAAGGCAGGUCAGGAGGAGCAGGUUUGCAUGGAAAGGGGGGGCAGUGAUUAGUUAAGUGUUGAUUGUAUUUCACUUAAAGUGUUGACAUGACCCCCUGUCCCCACCGUGCCCCCAGGCCUUGGGCACCUGGGACUCAGGGAAGAGGCCUGGGAAGGGGGUAAAGAUUUAGGACCUGAAGCCUUGGCGUGAAAAGCAAGCACUGGGGCAGCCUGAGGAGGGUGCAGUGAAGUGGUUCUGGGACACAUCCAUUGCUGGGAGGCUGAGGCCGAUGGGGCACGUGGAGAGGGGAGAGGCUAUGGAGACAGGGGAGGGGGUGAGGGGGAAGCAGACCAGGUGAGAGGGACUGGAAGCCAUGGGGGAGCCUGUCACCUGCUUCAUCUAAAGAGAUAGCGGCCACUAAGGACGGAGAGGGCCCGAUGGGUCUGUCGGGCAGCAGUCCUAGAUGGCUCUCUCUCGAGUGCCUUUGGUAACGUGAGAGAGCAGAAGCCAGGUGGCUUAGGGUCUGGGAGAGGCUGGGGAGUGGGAAGCCGCGACUGUAGGCCCUCCUGUGAGACCAGCAUGAGGAGGGCGAAAGGAGGCUAGGUGGUCGGUCGUGAGGAUGGAACGUUCCGUAGGCAAGGGAAGGGCCGCCCAUUGAAUUGAAUGGGAGCUGCGGGAGCCCUUCCUUUCUCAGGCGCGCUGGAUCUGGGGGAGGGGCCGCAGGGGCCGGAGGGGCCGGGUGAGAAGACCUGGGAGCCGGAGGGGGAUGCGCAGAGGGAGCCGGGUGGAGGGAGGGGCUGGAGGCCCGCGCCGAGUGGGCGACGACGAUGGAUUGCAGAAGACGCGGCAGAGCCAGGCCGCGUGGCGGGCCACGGAGGUGCCACAUCGUGAAACUGUGAAAGUGUGUGCUGGCGUUUCCGGGGGUGUGACGGGGCAAGAAGGGGUUCAAGUGCACGCUUGUGAUGAUCACAGUGCCUCUUCAGAAGAAAAAGAUUGCCCUAGCCCCAACCUAGAUACUUCAGAGGACUCUAAAUCAGCCGAGGACAGCAGUUCUGAGAGCAGCUCUGAAAGCGAAUCUGAUAAUGAGGAGCCAAAACCAAACAAACAAAUGGGGAGCUAGGAGAGUCUUCCACCGAGGAGGCGUCCACUCAGGUUGAAGAAUGGGAGGAUAAAGGAUUGCCCACAGAUCAUUUUAAUUCAGAAUUUAAUAAAAUCCAAUCUCACUGUGAACACUGUAAAGCUGAAAAUAAACACAAUGAACCAGUGACCCCCAGGCUCCUUUCCCGUGGACAGUUUUUACUGAAGGUGGACACGGAGGGCGUUUACCAGUGCACGGAAACUGGUCUGAUAUUUGAAGUUAACAGAAAAGUUGACAUCAAGUAUUGUGUCUUGUCCUGGAGCAAAUAUGCGGACCUGGUUGUUAAGCCCUGGGUUGUCGGUGGACCCUUGUUUGAUGUUAAAUGUGACCCUACCUGUCUUACCUCCAUUCAGUUUCCACAUUCCCUCUGCUUGGGUCACUGCGACACCAACAUGACGUUCAAAGUCUUACAUGUUCAAAGCACUGGGGCCUCGUUAGAAUAUACCGUGGACCACUCUGCAACCCAUGUCAAAUGGCGCGUGAGCUCUCUUUCUCCUGUGGGACCUGUUAUUCAAAGCGAAGAAACAGUGUUCCACCACGGGGCCGUGAUUCUGUACAAAGCCAUCGACCAUAAUCCAUCCUUGUCUUUUCGAGUGUACAUAGCAACCAAUAAUGAGUCCUUCAUCAAGGAUAUUUCCAAGUCUAUAAAGCACUCCUCUAAGAAAUUCAUGAAAGUCGACAAGCCUCCUGUUUGCCUGAAGUUGUUGCAGAAUGGGAAGAAGUACAGACUGAUCAGUGAGCCGGAAGCCGAAAUCACCCCAGAGGAAAUUGAAUUUGUGGAUGGUUCACUUUUAAAAUUGAAAAGUUAUAUUGAAGUGUAUUUGGAGCAACCGGUGGAGUUUAAGUUACUUUUGGUGGAAAUGGAUUCCGAGGAAAUUGUAUGGAAAGCAAAACUGAGAGAGUGUGACUGGAUUCAGCAAGAUCGGAAUCGGAACAUUUCGAAAAGCAGCACAAGUGGUAACAGGCGUCGAAAAAUGAGUAGCAGCUUACCUGAUGAAGUGGUCUAUGAUAAAAGAAUGAAGCAGAUUGACACUUCAGACGGAGCAAAGACUAAAGCCUUGUUAACAGACACUCAGCUGAUAAGCCUUGCUGAGAAGCUGGGGCAGGAGUGGGUAAAAAUCGCCAUUGCCAACCUGAAGUUGAAAAUUAGCGAUAUUGAUGCUAUCAUGGAGAAGAAAGAAGACGUUACAAUGAAUAAGUUUCGGAUGCUGAAGAAGUGGCAAGAAAAGGAGCAGAGUAACGCCACAGCUCAGAAUUUAUGUAACUGCUUGAAAAAUGUCGAUUCGGUUGAAGUCCAAGAUGUGCUGAGAGGUUUCUUGCAGGAAACGUGAAGUUUGGAAGACGAGCUGGAAAAGGAAACCUUGGGAACUUUCAACUGCAAAGACCAUUUCCAUGGUAAUUGGAUGUAGAGUUGAUGGGACCUGGAACUUCACAGCCUGUGGGAGUAGCUCCUUUCACAGGCAGCCGCCCUCAGCUCACAUUAUUCAGGGGCAAAGGGAAUGUGGAAUAUUUUGAAACCCGAAGAAAGAAAAAAACCUCUAUAAUAUCAAGGGUUUUUUUUUUAUUUUUUUGCACCUCCUGUUCACACAUCCCACCUGGCUUCCCCACCCGUAAAGGGUGCUUAAAAUGACUCAACUCAGUCAGGUGAGAAAUGUGGUAAUUUUCCUUUUGUAGUCCGUGAACUAUGAAACUCAUAUCAAGUGUUUGAAACAUUUUUAGCAAUUAAGUAGUGGAGUACUUAAAUUGCACCAAUUUAGUUUAGCUUUUUUCAUAAUGACAUAAUAACGAGAGAGGUUCCUAUGCUUCUGGCGCCCACGCAGACAGACACUCACGUGCUGCCGGUGCAGUAUGUCUUUUUAUGUGGGAAGUGAUUUCUGUAUCUCACAGUACUAACCAGUCUCGCUAGUGGUCUGUUGAACCAUGAAACCAAUCACAUUACGGAGUCCUAGAGUGAUUAGAAAGGAGUGUAAUCCUCUCCCCAUCAGUGUUGGUGCAAACGCUCGGAGUGAUGGCCUCAUCUCACUGGGGAAGUUCUGGAUCCAUCAUCAGAGUCCCUGCAAGUUUCAUCAGCCUUCUGAAAUCACCGGGCUGGACACUGCAUUUUUUGACUUUGACCCUGGAUCAUUUAUUUUGGGGAGGGUAGGGGUGUGGAAAUGCCAUUCAGAAAGAGCCUUAGCCGGGACCAAGGGAAAACUCUCAUCUCUUCUUAAAGAGGACUUGUCCCAGGGAAUAAUGGGCCACAUUGGCUCUUGUUAAUGGGUAAAAUUUCUUUUUUUGUGUAUGUAUAGACAUUGUCACUCUCCCAGAAUCAUGCAUGUGGUGAUUAACAUCUUGGCUAUGUUUUGUUAACUUAUUUGAGGAAACUAUAAAUUACCAUUAGUCUUCUGUAGACAUUAGCUGGAGAGUAAAUGAAAUCUCAAUGAAUUAAUCAGAGAAAUGUACUUUAUAGCUUCGCCUGUGAAGAACAAAUUCACUUUAUAGGGAAGAAUGUAUUUCUAAUUGUCAGGGAUCCUGUGGAAUUCAAAUCAGUGUCACUUCAUGAGUUUUUUUUUUUUCUUAUUGUUCUGUAUUUUAGGAAACAGACUUUUAACACUUAGAAGUGUAAAAUACUUAAAGGACUUUGAAAUUUUUAAAUGUUUAUUAUUUUUUAUAAGUUGUUUCCCAAAGAAAAGCAUAGUUUCAGAGGUGCUUUGAUAUAAAGUGGGUUCCUAACAAUUUUCAACCUUUUUCCUACUGUGGGUAAAGGGAAGAACAAUAAAUCCGCAUCUGUACAGUGCUCA